AUGCCUCCCAAGUUCUCUGCACCGGUAAAGUGCAUAUAUGACGCCUCCGAUUUAGACAAUUUCAAGAACUCGAUCGCCUACGAAAGGCUACACAAUAUAAUCAAUCUUGUCGUGCAAAAAGUCAAAGGUACUUCUUUGCCAAAGAAUGUAUUUGAUAUAUCCUUGGUUACUCGAAGCGCCACAAUAAGUAACAGCUCGACCAACGAUGACAAUCAGUUUAAUCAUUAUAAUGAGUCCACUCGCACAGUACUAAGGAUUCUCAAGUCUUUUAAUACUUUGAUUGAUGACACCCCUCCUCUACAAGGGCCCAGGAGAUUUGGAAACUUGGCAAGGAGAGAUUGGCAAGAAAAGGUUGAGGCUUGUGCUGGUUCACAUCUUCAAUUAAUUACAAGUGACAAGGGACUUCAGGAAGAACUUCUGUACUACUUACUCAACGCGUUUGGGUCGUCUGUCAGACUCGAUUAUGGUUCAGGUCAUGAGCUUUCUUUCGUUGCCUUCAUUGGUGGUCUUAUCGAAUUCAAGAUACUCGACAUUGCUAGCAUUGAAGCUGUUGAGCUUCUAACCAUAUUCGCCAAGUACUUUGAUUUGGCUCGUCGUUUGAUCUUGGUUUACAGCCUAGAGCCUGCUGGGUCUCAUGGAGUUUGGGGUCUUGACGAUCACUUUCAUUUUGCUUACAUUAUAGGUGCAGCCCAGUUCAAUGUUGAUGGUACCAGUAAGCAGUACAUUCCGCCGGUUCAGCAAGUUCUUUCAUCCCUAACCAUCGAGGACUUUAAGGAGACGAAUUUUUAUGUGAAUGCUAUUGCAUUCAUAUUUAAGAUUAAGCUGGGUCCUUUCAACGAGCAUUCUCCUAUCCUACAUGAUAUUCACAAGACGGUGAGUCUAUGGUCCAAGGUAUUAUCUGGUUUGCUAAAAAUGUAUGAGAUUGAAGUUUUGGGUAAGUUUCCAGUUGUGCAACACUUUUGGUUUGGCGCAGGUUUAUACCCUUGGGUUGACGCUGAAAGCAGGAAGAUGCUUCCUGUCAAAGACAUACAAGAACUGAAGCAGGAAGAAAACGACACUUUACCGGGGCUAAUUAAUGGAUUCUCCGGACAAAAGACUACGUCAACGACUAUAUCAUUAACAGGAGCACCUUGGGCACGCCAAAGUUCGAGAACUGGCCCCUCUCCUGUUCCACGUAGGGGUCCACAACCGCCAGUGAAUAGAACCCAAGAACCUCGUAAGCGGUAA